AUGGCAGAAGCACAACUGUCACAGCCGGAGCCCGCUCAGGUCGUGCUCAAAAUAGCGCUUCCCUCGUUUUUGGGCCAUAAAAUUGAGUACGUGGAAACUCACCAUGUGGUUACCGAUACCGUGAGUGACGUGAAAGAAGCCCUAACUGCGAGCUCUUUGUUGAGCCAGUUGACCAACUUCAACUUGUUUCACGGGGAAAAGAACGUGACAGAGGAAUUUGAUGAUUUUUCUACUUUGGAAGAAGUCUUUGGUGCUCCAGGUAAGUUCGACCUCAGAUUGACCGAAAGAGCUUACUCUUUAAAAGACGUCUACGACCAUCUCUUGAAAUUUAGAGAGACCAUUGGUAUGAAUUUCUUCGAUCACGCUGCUCGUGCUUACGGUGUGAGUGCUGGAGGAGUGAAAUUCAACAGCUUGGGUUUCAAGGAAGUGAAGAAACAUGAGGAAAAGAAGCAGGAGGAACAAAAGAAGGAGGAGACGGAAGACUCGGCUGAGAAUGAAACGUCCGACGAAGAAAAGGCUCAGAUCAAGGCAGUUGUCUCGCAACUCGUUGAACCAAAGGAAUUUGAUGUGGUGGACUUUGCUACCACCGACUCCAUUCUUGCCAGGUGGAACCUCCCAAUCAAGUCACUUACUUUGUCGCAGUGGAGUGUUCCCCAGCACCAAAAGGCUAAGGGCGACUUGCUCUACCUCACAUUGACCACUUUGGAAAGCGAAACGUAUUCCAUCACUUGUCACGCCUCGGGAUUUUUUGUAAACCGUUUGUCGAAUGCCAACUUCGACCCUUCGUUAAAGGUCAACGAGAAGGGCGCAUACCACCGUGAGUAUAUCUUCCACAACUUGGUUGCCUCGUUAUCGCCCAAGUUCCUUGCCACCAUUGAAGCUAAUAAGGAUGCGCUCGCAAAGGGUUCGGAAUAUGCCGAGAGCUACUUGGUUCUCUCUCAGUCUGCCGUUUCCUACCCAUGGUUGGUUACAGAAGCGGCAUUAAAAGAUUCCACCAUUCCAGACUCCUUCCGCUCUCAGCUCCCUGUGAUCUCGAACGGCGUCGAUGGCGCUGACUUUGUCAAGGAUUGGAACGAGGAGUACCAAGGUAUCAAGGAAUUUUCCAAGGAUUCGUUCAAUGAACGUUUGCUCAGGGAAAAAUUGCUCAACAAGUAUAUCCAGGAGUUCACUCAGAUAUCGACCACCACUGCCGUUGAAAUAUUGAGGGGCAACAUCGUUCCAUUGAACCCUAACGAGCCCAAAUCCGAUCACAUCUUUUUGCGCAACAAUAUCUUCUACAGUUUUGGUGUGAAUGCCACUGGUGCUCAUGAUGAAACUGGAGGUGAUGAGGCUGCUCGUUACUGUUUUGGCAAAGAUUUGGCUGCGGUCAAGCUUUUAAACAGACUUGAUGUGCCUGGUGUUAGCAACUUGUUGACUUGUAUCGUUGAUUUCCUUGGCGAGAGAGUCGUGUGUCAGGCCCCAGUCCCUGGUGUUUUCUCCGACCAAGUGGAUGAAAAUGGAAAUCUGAUUGACAAGAUUGUCCAAGGUUACUCGCACGAGAAUAAUGUGAUUCAUACUUCGGAGGACUUCAAUGAAGCUUUGAAACCAAUUGGAGAAGCUUUUCACUUGAAGCCUCACACUGUGGAGUUGGCAUCUGGAGCAAGUACAGAUAAAGAGCUUGCUCUUUCGAAGGAUGCAAAGUGCAUUGUCGGUACCGACCACAGGAAGUACAUCAUUGACUUGUACAGAACCACACCUUUGGACAUAGAGUUUUUGGACGAGCACUACGAUGCUUCUGAGACUUCGUACCCACACAAGGAGGCUUCUUUGAGACAUGAUGCUGUUGAAGAGUGGUAUAAGAGAAAGGCGGCUGCUAUGUUUAAAGUAGAGACCGAGCGCUUGGAGAAGGAGGGCAAGCUCAAGGAUGGAGAAGAAAAACCUCUGAUUGCGCUUCCAGUCGACCAGAUUGUUCUCAACCCAGAUGCCUUCACUGGUGUUGAAGAGCUGAAGGAUGAUCAGGAAGAUGUCAGGGAAGUGUCGAACUUCAUCAAAAAGCAGUUGAUUCCCGAGCUUUUGGACGACAUCAUGAAAAACCUGGUUCCUUUUGAUGGUGCCCACUUGACUGCUUUCAUGCACCGUGCCGGUAUCAAUAUGAGAUACUUGGGCUACAUCGUGAAACAAGCUUUAAGCAGAAUUGAGGCCUUUGAAAAGGAAACUGAGGCUACAGUGAGGGAUAAUGAGGCCGCCAUUAAACAGAAAGCAGAGGAAGAAAAGACCAAACUGGGAGAGGAGAAAGAAAAGGAUGAAAAGACUGAAAAGGAAGAAACCACAGAAGACGAGAAGAAGCAGUCUUCUGCUAAGCUAGUGCCAGUAAAGGCAAACAUGACUGCCUUGACUGAACUCGCCAUUCAAGAAAUGAUUGCUAGAGGAGCCAAGCAUGUUAUUCGUAAACUUGGCAAGACAGUUCCAUUCCUUUUGAAGCCUCAUUUUGUGGUACACUUCCACAACUGCUUGUUUGGUCGUAAGGUGAAUGGCAGCCCAACAAUUGAGAUUGACGCCUUGCUCAAGCCAUUAUUCUCAAAGGAAGAGACUGCUUUUGCUGACAUGAAGCCUGAGGACGUGAUCAAUGCAAUUGAAAAAGAGGUGUUCCUCCGUUUCAGAUACUCACUAGCCCCAGACUGGCCAGAAAAUAUCAAACCUUUCAGCUUGUUAAGAGAGAUUGCUAUGAAAGUAGGCAUACAGUGGAAAGCUCGCUCUUACCACUUUACGAAAGAGGAGUUUGACGCCAACGAGACAUCUCAGGAGGUGGUUGAACAAGUCUCUGAGACAAAGGGUAAGAAGAAAGGAAAGGGAAAGAAGAAUCACCAGAAGCCCGCUGAGGUUUCGCCUCCUCCGAAGCGAACUACAGUCUUUAUUGUUGACGAUAUUGUUGAUAUUGUUCCAAUUGUGAAGGAUGCCAGUUACAGAUGCUCCAUGGUCGACGAGGUUUACGAGACCGCAAAGUCUCAUCUCAGCAAAGGUGACGUGGAGGUGGGUACUACUCUCAUGACAGAAUUGAUUUCGUUCUAUCAGCAAAUUUAUGGUACUGUCAAUACUGAGGCAGCCUCCCUCUACUCUACUUUGGCUCAGUUCUACGCCGAGAGAGGCAUGACCACCGAGGCUUCGAUAGUCGCUCGUAAAGCCAUUAUCUUGAACGAAAGAAUAUUCGGCGCAGACAGUUACGAGACGAUCAACGCCUACAUCAAGGCAUCGUUCUUCGAUAGCCUCAACAAGGAUCAGUCAGGUGCCUUUGCGCUUAAUAGCCGUGCACUUCAAUUAUGGACAGACGUCUACGGCCCCAAUCAUCCAAACUGUGUGAGUACAUUGACCAACUUUGCUGCAAUAUUACAGGAUAUGAAGCUUCACAAGGAGGCCAAUAAGCUCUUUGCAAAGUCGCUUGAAACGUCUGAGAAGUUGAACGGUGAAGUCUCCGAUAUUACUGCCCUCAUUAGACACCGUUACGCCGUUUCCUUGGUCCAAUUGGGUAACUACAAAGGUGCACAGGAGCAAUUCGCUAAAGCUGGUGAAGUCUUCAACAAGGUCGUUGGCCCUGAAGACGUCUUUUCCAAAGAAUGCUCCAACUUUGUCACCCAGAUCAAGACAUACAUUGCCUACAACGAGCACCAAGCCGCUGAACAGAGAAAGAAUCAAAAGGGCAAGAUUGCAGCGAAACUGAAUGCCUCUGUUGCUUCCAAACCAGCACAGAAACUGGCAGGGAAGAACGGCAAAAAGAGUCUGCCUGUAUCUGAUCCAGCCAUUGCUUCUAAGUCGGUAGAGGAAAUCUUACAGUUCAUCGAGGGAAAAAGCAGCAGCAGCGAAAAAAAGAAGAACAAAAAGAAGAACUAG